AUGGCGCCUGCUUAUUUAACAACUGCUUCAAAGUUGAUAUUCAUCACAAUGCUGGUUGUGAUAACUCUGAGCACAAUGGAUUCCAACACAAUUGGUACAACCGGUGUACUAGCAAGACCUUUGUCGCAUGUUCAGACUGCGUCCCCCAUAUCCUUAGCUGCUCGAUUGCAGUCAAAUGGGUCAUAUUCUGAAUGUUGGGACUCGUUAACGGAGCUUCAAGCCUGUACCGGAGAGGUUAUAUUGUUCUUCCUCAAUGGUGAAGCACAUUUAGGUAGGAACUGUUGCCGAGCAAUUCAUAUAAUCCAGCACAACUGUUGGCCUGCUAUGCUUGGGUCAUUGGGGUUCACUCAAGAGGAAGGUGAGAUACUUCGAGGAUAUUGCGAUGCCACUGCCAAUGUUUUACCUCCACCAUCCCCUAUAGUGCUUCUCGUGAAGGAUGAUAUGAAGCCCUGA